AUGGCGCCUAAGGUGCCCAAAAUACCCAAAAUACCAACACUAGUUCCUCCUCCACCACCCUCCACCAUAAACCGAGACACCAGUCUAGAGCUCGGCAGCCCUUCAAAGUUCACUCAAUACAACAAGCAGACCGGUCGGCCGAUACGCAAAAGCGCAGGCAAGGCGAGGAAAGCGGCCGGCUACGUUGAUUCUGGCAUGAUCGAAGAAGACGACUAUGAGCCAUUGACCUCGGACGCGAGCGACGACGACGAGGUCAUGGAGCAGCGCCGCCGUGCUGAUAAGACGCAGCGCAAGCGUAAGCGAAGCCUAUCGCCACCCUCUCCACAUCUAGAACCCAUCCUUUACGACCAGGAGCUGGACCAAUUGACCGACAACGAGCUGGGCGGGGCAUUUCACCGCCAUACCCCAAAGAAGCCGCCCAUCACUUUGCAGUUCAACGUGCCCCUGGGCUUCCACGGCCCGCUCUUUGUCAAGCUGGACAGUACUCUGCUGCACACCAAUGACGAAGCUUCGCUCCAUGAGAUGCAGCCAGGCAAGACGAAGAAGCCUCGCGUAGCCAGCCCGCCACCUACACAGUCAGCAGUCCAAGUGCGUUGCAAAAGCUUUAAAGAUCUGCCGCCCGAAUUACGAAACACCGUAUAUCGGUCUUUGUUCGCGCGCAAGGACAAUGAUCUGAGAAUCCCGCCCACAAAGGAGGGUCCCGGUCUGUGUAGAUCGGCCCAAUUUCUGAGGACCUGCAAGCUGGUCCAUGAUGAGGGAUGCUCCAUACUGUACGGCGAGAACACGUUCUUGUUCACUCGGUACUACUCCACCCGGGGCCCUUUCUGGGAGCAAGUGCCCAAGGAGAUCGGCUAUCAAGACGCGCUCCACUUCCUCAAGAUGAUUGGCCCCGAAAACCUACAAUAUCUACGGGAUGUCAAAUUCAAGUUUGACGACGCCUGUCCGCGGGACACUCCUUAUCUCAGCUCCCACGAGAAGCGCCGCUACCUCAACGACGAGUACUUGAUGAACUGUCUACGUGUCCUUCGAGCGGCAAAGUUGCGGACGUUUCGCAUGCGAUUCAUCGGUCGCCGGCACAUAGUCAAAUCUGAUGUCAAGUUCCUUGGCUAUCUGGAGCAGAUCAAGGCUGAUGAAGUGGACAAAUUCUUCGAUUCCUGGCACUACCCGCCACAGAAGAUCAGCGACUACGUCUGGGAUGAUCUAAAGGAGAUGAUGACACGCAAGAAGAAAUUGUAUGAGAAGGACUGA